CCAUUGUCGAUCUAGCUAUUCCAAGUUUUUAUGGAGAAAUCAGAAGUUCCCCAGGAAGAGCCCUGCAAGGAUGAUGAGUUUCAAAAGUUGCUACUAACCCUUCCUGAAGAGAGAAACUGGGAUGGCACUUCUCUCUAUCUAUACCAAGGCUUUUGGUACCCUUCUAUCGCAAUUAAGCCCGUCUUCUCCUUUCAACAACACUUCCAAGCACUGGGCUCCGAUUUAAUUCUGGCCAGCACUCCUAAAUCAGGUACCACUUGGUUAAAAGCUCUCACCUUCUCAAUCCUCAAUCGCACACGUUACGCUCUCAAGGACAGCCCCUUGCACACUACCAGUCCUCACGACCUUGUACCUUUCGUUGAGUUUGACGUUUACUUGAAAAACAAGUCUCCAAAUCUCAUGCUUCUUCCCUCCCCAAGAAUCUUUGCUACCCACGUACCAUAUGGAUCGCUCCCAUCUUCCAUUAAGGAGUCCAACUGUCGAAUUGUAUAUGUGUGUCGGAAUGCUGUGGACCAACUCAUCUCCUAUUGGCAUUUUGCCCUCAAGCUUCGACGUGGAAACGUGAAGCCACUCUCACUGGAUGAAGGCUUUGAAAAAUUCUGUCACGGAGUCCACAGCUUUGGACCCUUUGCGGAGCAUGUAUUGGGGUAUUGGAAGGCAAACUUAGACAGACCAAAGAAUGUGUUAUUUUUGAAAUAUGAAGACAUGAAAGAGGAUGUCUUUUCUCACACCAAAAGGUUGGCCGAGUUCUUGGGAUGUCCAUUUUCUGCCAUGGAAGAGAAACAAGGGGUUAUACAAGAAAUAUGCGGGUUGUGUAGUUUUGAGAAUUUGAAGGAUUUGGAGGUGAACAAGAGUGGUAAACGUCCCUCCGGGGUUCCAAAUUCCGCCUUUUUCAGGAAUGGUAAGGUGGGAGAUUGGGGAGAUCAUCUGAGUCCUUCAAAGGCUGAAUACUUGGAGAAGUUAAUUGAAGAAAAGCUGAGUGGUUCAGGUUUAACCCUGAAAAUUUGUCCCAAGUUCCAAAAGGAGGACGAGUGUAAGCCUAGCUCUGAGACGGGGGCAUAAUCAUCUCAGCAUGGAGCUUCAGGACUUGGUAUUGUCUGGAUACGUCUAAGUUCUUCUUUGUCUAGCUUUGUUGCGUGGAAAUGAGAAAAUUUAGCCUUAGAUGUUUACUUUUAGCUCUCGUUGCCAUUUUCAUGUUUUACUACGCUUUACAUUUGGUUCAGUUCGUUUUUGUUUGUGUUGUCAUGUUAUCUGUAUGGCAAUUAAUUAAGGGAAGUUGGCUAAUAAUGUUUGUCGUCUUGCAUGCUUCCCUGGAGAAUUAAUAUCUAUGGUUUGUAUUAA